AUGGCAAAUCAAGAAAUCAGCUUAAAAUGGAAUGGGUAUCAGAAUAAUAUUUUAUGUAAUGUGAAAGAGUUGUUUAAAGACGAGGGAUUAUCCGAUGUUACACUUGUCUCAGAAGGGCACAGUUUUAAGGCGCAUAAAAUCAUACUUUCUGCUAAUAGUUCUGUGUUUAGAACUAUAUUCCAGCAAAACCCCCACAAGGAUCCAAUUAUAGUGCUUCAUGACAUAAAUACUGAUUCCUUACGAACUUUGUUGCGAUUCAUGUACAAUGGUGAAGUUAAUGUGACUGAAGAAUUUCUGCCUGUGCUUUUAAAGACUGCUGAAACCUUACGAAUAUGUGGUUUAUCCACUGGUAGCGAUGCUGCUAAAGAUGAUGAGAAAACUGCGACAUCCACACAAGCUUUUUCUAAGAAACGUAAGAAAAGUGAGCAAGAUGAAAAUAAAUGUAACAAAAAACCUACAUUGAGUACAAGAAAAUUGGACACCCCGAUAGCUGUAUCUAAUUCAGAUGUAACGAAAAAUAAUAUUGUACCCAAAGUUGAACCCAUUGAUUCACCACUAACAGACUAUUCAGGGGAGAAUACCAAUGAUACAGACAUUGCUGUUCUAGAAGAUAGUAUAGAAAAGAAAUAUUCUAUUAAUCCCGAGAAUAAUUUAAACAAAACCAUGUGUGUAAAUAAUGAGCGCUGUAUUAAAAAGUGGAUAAAUGAAGUCAGCAGUACUCAGCCAUGUCUAAAUGUGAUAAACGAUAAAAGUGUAGAUCCAGAAGACGAUAAAGAGAUUGAAAUUGAUAAGGAAGUGGAAACAGUGUUACAAAGUGGCACCAUAGUGGAAUCUUUAAGCGUAACUAAUGAGAAUAUGAACUUCAUAUCCCGUGAAGCCCAAAUUGUCAAAGAUAAAAACAAUACAUGCUAUGCAAGUCCAUCUUUUCCAUGUCCAUUUUGUCCGAGAGUUUAUAACAGUUGGGGAUAUAGGAGACGUCAUGUUAAAUCAAGGCACACAACUAAUAGGUUAUCUUGCAAGUGGUGUGUAUCAGUGUUGCCAUCAACUGGAGCAUGGUAUUCACAUGCAACCAGAGCACACGGGGUUCCCCACGAAGAGGCAAGAAACUCUCUGGUUGUCAUGGUAGAAGCUCAUGCAGUGCUCACUUUAAAUGAACCCAGUGUUGCCCAGUUAUUAGGUCAGGUUGGUAUAUCCGAGAAUAAUGGGAAUGUCACAGAGAAA